CGUCACUCUUUUCACUUUACUCGCACACACAAAAAAAGUCCCAGGGAGAUCUGAACAAACUCCGGCUGCCUCCGCUAGCGGCGAUGGUUGGUGGUUUCUAGCCGGAUGGGUUUUACGAACAAGAUGGGUAAUGGAUACUACCCGGUUUCUUGCCGGUGGCUUCAUCGGCUAAGGCUACGGGCAACGGCUACGUCGCCAGAGAUCUCUACAACUACAACAUUGAAGAGAAAAUUAUUGGUGGUGAGUCAUUUGCUUUUUAGUGAAGGCUCCACAUUUAUACUCUGGCGGUCUCUCCGUUUCGUCUUCCGGUAUGUAGUUAUUUCAACUCAUUUAGAGGUGGCGAUUUCAACGAUUUUUGUUUUUAAUCUUCAUUGUUAUGGUUUGUCUCUAUGUUCUUGAAUCUUGAUAAGUGGUCCUUAUUUUCUAUGACUUAUAGGUUUCCUUGGGCCAUGAAAGUAGCUGCAGCAUCUGGUGAUAUGAGGAAAGCUCUUGGUAUCUGCAGGGGUGCGAUAGAGAUGUCUGAAACUGAGCUUAGAGAAUCUACCUGCACUUCAACUUUGACAUCCAUGGUGAGGGUUGAUCAUAUGGCUAUUGCUUUGUCGAGGGCUUACAAAUCACCAAUAGUCGACACUAUACAAUCCCUUCCGCAACAUCAACGGAUUGUACUAUGUUCUGUUGUGAAGCUGUUUCGUAAAGGAAAGAAGGAUACAACAAUAGGAGAGUUGAACAAGUUUUCUAUUGAUAUCUCCAAAUCAACAUUCAUACCACCAGUUGGUAUAAUGGAACUUUCAUGCAUGUGUAGAGUGCUAGGUGAUCAGGGAAUUCUAAAACUCCGUCAAUCCCGAGAUGAUAAAUUAAGGACGAGGACGUUGCAAGUAGAUGAAGCCGACAUCAGUUUUGCAUUGCAGGGCAUUCGUUUCUUUAGGAACUCUCUUCAGUAAGUUCCAACAUCAACACUUGCAAUGUUUGUCAAGUUAACUAUAAAGAUUAUGCAAUCAUGCGCGCGCUUGACCAUAAAGGUUUCAAACUGACCUUGUCAAUGGUGCAUGUAAUACAACAGAGCAAAACUCGUGAUAUUAGCAUUGUUAAAUGUGAGGGUUCCUCCACCAAAAACACCCAACGCCAAGCUUAACCAACAAAAGUGCCCUCAAGAUGAAUCUCCAGAUACCAGUAAUGCUUCAAAGAAGGGACGCGGGCAAUGAUAGGGACGUCAGACACCUUUUGUACAGCUGCCAGGUAGGAAAAAACGCAGCUGCAGUCCGCAGUUCAGCAAGCCACAUUGUCAACGAAAAUAUAUUUCGUGCAACUUAUGUAACUAACACACUUAGUGUUAGUAACCUAAGUAGCAACCAUAACAAAUGUACAAACUGUUGGUUCCAGCUGAUCUAUCUAACCUAAUGGAUGUAAAUGGCAACUAGCUUAACAUAAAUAAAAAUCUAGCCCCCGCCGCAUCGCGACGGGUUACUUUUCUA